CACACGCCCACCUCCGCCCAACAUGGCCUUCAGACCGCUGCUCCGGCAGGUGAGUGCGCGCUCAAUCCCCCCGGCCGCCCAUUGACGAGAUCCAGCGCGCCGUCCCCAUGGCUGCCGCCCUCGCCGCGGCCGCAGUCUUCACGCCGCGAACCCUCCACGCUGAAGAGCAGCCAUCUGCCAUUGACCGCAAGCCCAUCUACGACGACCUCCCCAUCGACACCACCGCGCCCACCGCACCCGCCCUGACACAGCCCGCCCAGGCCCUGACCCCCGAAGCCGCCUACCGCCCGACGCCCACCGACCGCCUGGCCCAGCAAAUCGGCGGCGCGCGCCUGGCCCUGUACCGCCAAGCCGUGCGCGGCGAGGCCGCCGUCGACCGCGCGCUGACCGAGACCCUGCGCCUGGAGCACUCGUUCACGAGCACUGUGCGGUCGCUCGCCCCGCCGCGCGAGUCGGGCGAGCGCAUCUUCCCGGGCGCCCUGUACGUGCUGGUCGCCGCCAUGGCCGGCAGCAUCGUCACCCGCAACCGCAACGUGCUGCUGCGCGCGAGCGUGCCGGCCGCUGUGGGCAUUACCGCUGCGUAUGCCGUGCUGCCUAUUACUAUGAGCAAUGUGGGCGGCCUUGUGUGGUCGUAUGAGGAGAAGUAUCCGGCGCUGGCCGAGGCCCAUUUGCGCACCAAGGCGAACAUCACGCACUUUAUCGAGACGGGCAAGGCACAUGCUGGGAUGACGGUGGGCCGUGUGCAGGAGAAGGUGCACGAUGUGCGUGACAGCAUGGAGGGCUGGGUCAAGAAGGGCAGGUGAGCGUUAGUGUGAAAAGUUGGUGAGCAUCUGUACAUCAGUAUGGCGGUAGACGGCGAGUGCAAUGAGAUUCGUUCUUUCAUCAGUCUCCACU